CCCUGCCCCCCCUGCCCCCCUGUUGCAGGCUCUGGCUUCCACUUUCAGCCCCUGUCAUCCCCAAAUUGACACCCCGCAGCCUUAGACCCGAAGCGGCCAGCGGAUGAUCCAAAGUUGAACGAAGCCGCCAACAGCAGCCGCAAAGGCAGAGAGCGAGGAUUCGUGCGCAAGAAGGAGAAGGGGAGAAAAGGAGAGAUUGAUUGAUCAUGAUUCAUGAUCCAUGACGAGAGAAAGAGGCAAUUCCAAAUUUGGAAACAUUGGAGAAGAUAGAUGUCCAAGAUACGAGAUCUGGCAGGUGUGGUCAUGCCGGUUAUCGUUCAUUCGUCAACAGCAUCGUCGUCGUCUUCGGUCGUCGUCGUCGUGUUGUACUGUUAUCGUCGCCGAGGUUCCCGGACGAGCGAACUCGAUCACUAGUUCGUGUCCAGCGGCCAGCCAGACACAGUCCAAUUCUCAAUGUCAUGGAAAUCGAAACCCAUCUCUUGCGUUCGGGGAAAGAUCAGACAGGGAACCGAGUGAGGCGUGCCAUCCCGAGUGGAGGCACGGCGCAAAUUGGAUGCAGGCCAGACGAUGGAGCCGAAAUGGCCUUGUCAAGUUGUCCCAUGUCCACCCGGAGCUUGUUCACCUGUUCUGAUCAAUCUGACCAACCGCAUCUCGCGAUUGGGGGGAACUUCUCCAGAGAGAGAGGCUGCAAGCACGGUUCAGGGACCAGGGUCCUUUU